CUUUUGUCAAUGAAUACGAUUGCUAUACUUGCGCAUGCUCAUGCUCGAGGAAAACGCGCUCGAACAUGGGAACUUUACGCAACAUGGCUCAAUGUGACGUCGAAAGCUUAUGGGGUGAGUUCCAAAGCCCAAGAGGACAAUGGCAUCCUGCUGACACAUGUGCCAUUCGGAUUCAACUGACGCUGGCGCGCACAUCUCUCCCUUCAACUUGAACGUUGACAACGUUGAACGUUGAACAACAACCGUUUGCAUAUAACCUCCACACAUAUCAUACCAUCCGCACGCAAUGUCGUUGAUCGCAUUGAACCUUUUCCUCGCCGCCCUCUUCCUAUCUUCCUUCAUCACCGCCUUCGUCUUCGGCCCUAGGUCGACCGUCGGAUCUGCGAUCCUGGUCGGCGCGGUCUUCCUGUCAUUCCUUAUCACCAUCAUCUACCUCUCCCGCCACAUAAUCAAUACCACCCGGUACAAGGCAACCCCCAUCCUGCCCAUUCAUACCUCGGCAUUGGACAUGCAUGUAUUCCUCCCUGGCAAUGCACCAGUAGUGACGCGCUCAGUUCAACGCAGCUCUCACCAUGGCCACCAGCGUCACGCCACUGCCCCAGCCGUGUUCUACCCCACCUUCUCUACCACUUCCAGACGCGUUGACGUCGUUGAACAUAUCUUACAACGCGUGGAACGCAUAGAAGACGCGACACUAGCCACCAACAACACAUCUACCGCUACCUUCUGUCGCCCCUCCAACCCCAUAGCUGCGGAGCUGAACUCGACCAUGUCGAACAUCGUUGCCUCUCAACAGCCAACACCAUCGACGGUGUCAGUCUCGGACUCGCUCCCUUCAGUUGAUUCCAUCGUGCGACGCGUCCGCAAUAAGUUCGAUAUCGCGGUUGCAUCCCCGGCGCCAACGUCCCACUCCGAAUCCUUACCUUCGGUCGACGCGCUUGUCCGACGCGUCCAUCGGGCCAUCACCGCAAGCAACCCGAUCUCCCAGGUCAUCUCCAUCCCUUCUAACGUUGGCGAUAUCCUUCGUCCCACGAAUCCCAUAGGCGAGAUGCUCGAUUCUCCAUCCGAAACUUUCUCUCCUCCCAGCCGCAACCCUCUGCGCAUCGUCGGCGCUGCCUUAGCUCCUUCUGACGACUCUCCCAUCCUAGCGUUACACCACAGCCCCAUCUCUAUCAACUCUCCCUCUCAUCCCAACUUCGUGUCAGAACCCCGCCACCGGUUGACAGCCUUGGACAGCGGUCCCUCGAUGCCUCUUUCAAUCAGCUCAACCCCCCACCCAUGGGUGUCCAGCAGUACCCCCAAGACGUCCACCGAAGUCCAGGAGUUGGAACGUAUUGACGUAUUCUAUCGUCGCAAGCACAGUUGCGAUGCCUCCUUCGACUCCCCUUCACAUCCUAACUUUGUGCCGGAGCCCCUGCGCCGAUCCUCCGCCCUGAGCAGUGGUCCCUCGACGCCACUUUCCUUCAGCUCAACACCCCGCCCAUGGGUGCCCAGUAGUGUUGCAGAUCGAUGGCCUUGUCGAUCAUCGCCACCCUCCACCGACAGCCCAGUUGUUUUUUCGAGCGGCGACGGUCCAGUUUCACUCACUCCUUCCCUGUCACUCCAGCAAUGGGCUCCAGCUCUCCUUCUGGACUCGGCACUGAAGAUGCCUGAGCCCAUCCAACUUGAUUCAUUCCCCCCUGGCGUUGUUGAUUCGCCCAUCCCUUCUGCAACCACCCCGGAAGGCAACAUCUCCAAAGAUCGACCUGGGAAAGGAACGAGACAACUUUGGCGGAAGCUGAUGCGGAGGACGACGAGUGAAGUUUCCUCAAACCUGCCUGCGUAA